AUGCCACCAACCAGAAGGCAAACCGCAAGAUCUUCGCAUCCAAGAGGUCGAGGGGUAUUACGUCGCCUUAUGGACCCUACGGAUCAAUCUGCAAGUAUAAUCGCAAAUACUUCUAAUUCUUCCGUUAACAUCAUUCCAAGUGCUUCGUCAUCUGUUUCACAACAAGCUCCGGAUCUUUCUGCUUGGACAGCCACACAAGUUGGUGGUCAAGUCAAGUUAUGUACAAUUCAUUCUGUAGUAGACUUGAAGACAGAAAAUGGUGAAGAAUUUGCAUUUAUAACUUAUACUGAUCAGUCUAUAGAACCAGAGUGGGAGCCUGUUAAAAAUCUCAGAAAUGCCGACGCAUUGAUUGAAAGAUGUAGACAGAGACAAGCUCAAGAAAGCUCGGCUUCAAAAUCAGUGAAAUUCUCUACUGACCUUACCAACACACGAGAAUUUUUAAAAUCAGAUACAGUACCUACAAUGCGUACAUUAAAUCCAGUGCAACUUGAUCCAAAACCAAAGCCAAUACUCAAAGCAGUUCAAAAAGUAGUAACAGACGCGUCUGAUCCAAUGCAAAUAGAUGAAGAUGAUGCUCUUACGGAACUAAAGCAAUGGAAAGGACCUUUAACCAAAGGGAAAAACAAUAAAUUCAUCGCGAACGUAGUGAUUAAGCAAGUUCCUGAAAGUUACCAGGAUGAGCACCUAUUUACUAUCCUUAAAAAUAUGAAUCAGAUGUGCAUGAUAAAUGUUAUACCUUCAUCAUACGCUUUACAAUUUGUUAUUAAAGACGACGUUCUGCAAAAUAUAUUGUCAAUGGAGUCGGAGAAGAACCCACAUUCGUAUGAUGCAUUUGGCAUAGAACAAAGACGGCUGAGGAUCGCUGUUUUCUUUUUGAAGGAGUAUGAAUUCGAAAAGAUUUGUUUAUUAGGAAUAGUUAAUUCAGAAAAUUUAUGCAACAAAAUGGGACUAAAUCCGACAUCUGAGCGUAUGCUUCUCAUUCCUUACAAUAUACCAGAACAAAAAGUACAAAAGAAUCGCAUGAGUUUACCGAAGCAACUUGCGUUAGGUAUUGAAAAGAUGGAUGAUAUUGAUUAUUUUAUGGCAGAAGUUAUGAUACAAGCAGAAGGUUAUGGCAAUAUCUUACCACGAAUAUGUGCCAAUAAUCCAAAAUUCACUAUAUAUGGGAACACACAACAUUCAAAUCACAAAACGAUAAUCUUUUGCAUGAAAGCGUUGAGCGGAAAAUAUUUUCCAAUAGAUUCGAUUGGUGACGAGACCUUAAACCUUGUUUUGGUCGAAGUUGUCUUGCUGAAUCAAUUAAAUUUUAUGCCAAAUUUAAUUCGAUUAAGGCAUAUGAAAAAAUGUCAAUUUUUUAUCUACGGUUAUGAUAUAAAAAGAUUACGACCAAUAAAAUUUGAAACAUAUUUUAUACCAGGUGGCCUUUUGGCCGUAUCAACAAAAGUAAUUACGACCGAACCUCAAUCUGUAGAAAGAAUCUUCAGAAUUGCACAAAUCAAUGGCGGAAAGUGGACAAUUUUAUUAAAUCCAAAAAUGAAAACUCAUCUUGACAAAAUAAUGGAUAAAAAUUACGGGACUUUUAAUGCAAAACUUAAUUCAGAAGAAAUCAAGUUCUUCGAAGAAGAUUCAUGGAAACAGCAACGACACGGUAAUAACGAAAUUGACACGCUUUAUUGGGCCUUAUUAAUUUCAUAUCGCGUUAUUGCGAUAAAUGAGAAUCCUCCUCGUCAUUGUGUACUUAUUAUCCACGAAGAUGAAAUACAACUUCCUCAUUCACAAAUUCCUGGUGUAGAAGUUUUGACAUUGAAAGAAUUUGAAAAGAAAUUUGACCAGCUAGAUGAUUCUAAUAAUAAUAGUCAAGACAGUGAACUUAUUAAUAUUGAUUUUGAAGAUUCAGAAGGAAUUAAAAGCCAAAAUAAUGUAUUGAAAUUAAAG